AUGGCUUUCCCACUCACUUCUGAGUAUACAACUUCUAAACCAACUAUUUUCUUGCCAACUACACUCAUUUCUUUUCUUCUCCUUUACAAAGGAAUCUUCGCAUCUUCACAGAUUGAAACCACGAGCAUCGGAGCAAUCAUUGACGAUAAUACUCAUAUCGGAAAAGAAGUGAACGCAGCCAUAAAAGUAGCUGCUCAAACCUUCAACAGCUCCUCUAUGUAUCAAAGAGUAUCUCUUCAUUUUCACAACCUUGGUGGAAAUCCCCUCCAAGCAGCUUAUGCAGCUGAAGAGCUUAUUAAAGAGAAUAAUGUGCAAGCCAUUAUAGGCAUGGAGACAUGGGAGGAAGCAUCAUUAGUCGCUGAAGUCGGAAACCGAUCUCAGGUACCCAUUGUCUCUUUUGCAUCAGUCAUCCUCCCACAACCACUAACGCCGCCUCGGUGGCCUUUCUUGGUGCAAUUGGCUACCAAUGUUACUGAACAAAUUAGAUGCAUCACGGAGAUUGUUUGUUCAUUCAAUUGGCGAAAGGUCAUAGCAAUCUAUGAGGCUGACUACUAUGGAACCGAUUUUGGAAUAUUUUCUGCAUUAUCUGAUUCACUCCAAGAUCACGGCGUAGAAAUUGAAUCAAGCCCAUAA